AGCUUUCAAAAAUCCAGCAACGCAGUAGGCAGGGUUAUUUUCAAAAGUUACCUGCUGGAGUAGAAAUCAGUGAAACCUGUGGAGCUGAUCCGAUGUCCAGCACCAGAAGCUUCAGCAUGUCCAACUCCCAGAGGAACCCAGUGCGAACAGGCACUGUGUUCUACAGACUGUUGGAUGGAAUUGAAGAAGUGCGGUCAGGAUGCCUGCUCAAAUCCCCUCCUGCCAAGAAAUUCAAGACUCUGAGGUCAUGGAAGCGGCGUUUCUUUGUCCUAUUCAGAAUUAACGAGAAAGAGCAUGCACUCAGGUACUUCAAGAGCAGCGAAGAGAGGGACAAACCCUUGGGCGGCAUACAAAUAUCUCAGAUCUCAGCGUUAUACUCCAGCCCUCAAAGCCACAGCAAAUGGAGUUGGAUCUUCAAAACCUUCAACUGCCACCCUGCCUCUGUGCUCUUCAUCCAGGCUGCCAGCAGAGAAUACUUCCUCAUCGAUGAGAACAACGAUAAUGUGGAAGGUUGGUUCCAAGAUAUAUCCAGAAUCCUUUUAAGUCGUGGGUCAGAAUUCAGUCCAGAGAACAUGCUGACCCAAAUAACAACUACAUCCAUGAUGACAAAUAGUUCUAGCCAGCAAGGCUCUGAGUUCAGUCCUUGGGUGAAGGAUGCUUCUGGCAGAAGCUUCUCUGACCCAGUUCAUCCUCUGAAUGUUUCCCACGAGGUACCAGAGAACAGCAUAAAAGAUAAGGGCCCAGAGAAAUCUCGCCCUCUGUCAGACCCUGUGUCAAAGCUGGACCAAAUCAAGUUACAGAAAAACUGCUCCCAACAGGACGAGGACAAUGAGAAUUCCAUGUCAAACCCUGUGUAUGAAGAGUUCCAGUUCGAUUUCAGUAGGCGCUAUUCAGUUGAUUCCAGUAGCAGUGACAGGAGUACAGGUGAUCCAUCCUCAAUGAUAUCCCCAGAACCAAUCUAUGAUACACCGAGGAACCUCAUGAAAUACUGGAGUCAGGACAGCACCGACAUCGAGGAUGAAAACCAUGAUGGGAACGUGGUUGAGAGCUUCUACAUGAGAAUGGACACAGUCCAUGAAAAUGUGACCAUGGGCCAGGAGGGAAACGUGGAGAUUCCGGUUACAAGUUCUCAUAUCGUAGAGGAGGAGGCCCAGCUGCAAAGUCCAAGACCGAGUCAAAGUCUCCCUCCUGAGAGGUCCAGGGUCUCCCCAGCACACAUUCUGUUCAACUGGACAAAUAACAAGUCCUACACCUCCAGCAGGCCGGAACCUCAAAAUCACAGUUACAAUGACCGAGGCACAGGAGAUGUCAGGGAGAUCACGGUGAACCAAAAUGACUUGAAGAGUCACCUGACUCUGGUUGAGGUCAACGGGAAGCCCUGCAUCUCCAACUGGCCGGCUCUUCCUGAGACAAAGUGUCUGUUCCGCAAGGGAGAUGAAAUCCUGGCCGUCAAUGACCUGCACACAGAGAGCGUGGAAGAGGUGCAGACGUACCUGAACAAGCUGCUUAAAGACCAGGUGAAACUGACAGUGCUGAGGCAGCCCGGGUCAGAGGCCUCUCUUCCCAGUCGCUGGGGCUCUAAUUCAGCCAUUGAGUGACCCGUCUGGUGACUGGGCGAGGGGGUGCUUGGAGGGGGUCAUUCCUGUCCUCCCCAUGCGACCUCUCUCAUAAAGGUCACCCAACUUCCUCUGUGCUGAAUAUCGGUAGCGGACAGAAAGCCAGCUGUUACCACCUCCUCGGCUUCCCUAUUGGAACUACAGUAUGAAGGAAAAGUUCAGAAUCUGUUUCUAUGCGCAAAGUCUGGAUGGGCAUUAUACCACAAGACACACCUGGACCGCAAUACAAAGGCCUCAACCGAAAAGCACCAUUUAUAAAAAGGAUAGGACAUGUCGUCCAUAAUAUGGUGUGUGGGGUUUUAUUGGGAGUGCAGUCGCAAACAUAGUGUGCAGAUUAUUGUAAAUCCUUCCAUUUUUAUUUUAUUCAAUCAGAAAAUAAGCUCUUUUACAAGAGAAAACUGGUCCAACAGCGAUCUGUGAAUUGUUUAAUCUGGUCCACACCAUACAGGUGUUUCCUUAGAGUUUCAUGGGAGAUUAUAUAAAAGAUUUCUGGCAGCUGGAUAUGUAAUAUCUAUUCCAGCAUGUUCAAAGAAUUUAAAUAUUUGGAAAUUGAAAUAAAUCCAUUCAGGGGUUCAACUGCAAGAUUCUCUUCUGCAAUGUGCCUUAGCACCACUAGGUGUCCUCAAAAUUCUGUGUUUGUCGUGAAAGUCAAAUAGUCCACAGUGGUUAAUAGUUCCAUAAACUUGUGCAAUUAUUCUUGUGCAGUUAUUCUUUAUUUACCCUUUGGGUGAUUUUAAAGGGUAAAUGUUUGAAAAUGUUAGUAUUAAUUCAGUUAAUAUUUGUGACCUAGCUUUGCUGCACCAUUGAGAUCCAAGAUAUUCCAUUAGAUGGAUAGAUUUUUUCCUUAUUUUAGUUCUGGUGAGCAAUCAGCAAAGUUUCAGAUUUCUUUCACACAGUAAAUUAUUAUUAUUAUUAUUAUUAUUAUUAUUAUUAUUAUUAUUAUUAUUAUUAUUACAAAAGUGACACUUACAGAUGAUACCGUAAUUAUAUUUAAAAAUCUUUUAAAAGCCUCAAAUCACAAUGCUCGAGGGCUGGGUUGGUUUUUCACCCUCCCUUUACCUGGAAGUCAGGUGUGAAGAUGGUCUGGCAAAUCAGUAGCACUGAUUGUUCAGUGAAUUAUCUGGGAGAAGAGAAAACCAGAGCCGGAUUUGGUGAUCCCUGCCCUAUAGCUGAACUACAAAGCAAACAAAAUAUUUAACAUCCAGAUGAAGGAGUGGUGAGUCUUGGUGGUAGAACUGAUACACAUGUCAUCUGAAAUGAAGUUAAUAUUCCCUGCUAUGUCUGUGACCUCAGUGUUUCUGAAAGUUAUGAAAUUUCAUAGGGGUUACCUACCUCAUGAUUUCUGUCAAUUGUUUAUUAUAAAUAUCUAGAGUUCUAUGUAUAAGAGAAGUCAUUGUCUUCUAUCUUUAUGAAUAUUGUCAAAUGAUGUCCUCUUGUCUACUUAAUACAGUUAAAACUUAAUGAGAAGAUAGUGUUUAAGUGAGAAUAAUUAACAAGAACUGCUCUGUUAGUCCAAUUAUCUUCUCAACAGACAUCACUGAAUUUAUGCUAAUAUACUCGACUUAGUAGCGUGAAUGUUUACUUUUCUGUUUGACUGUAUAAAAGACAAUAAACAAGCUUACAUGUG